UCUCAAGAAAUUGUUUCCACAGGUGUGGAACUUUGACAGAUUGUAAUUGAGAACUAAGACUUACUUGGAUGGCGCGACGUUGAGUAUUUAGCGAACUUUUUACCAGUUGUCAGCCGUCAAAUAUUUUUCAUCGCUGUGGGAAUUGUGCAAUCGCUCAACUGACAUUACCGUGAAACUGUUGAUGUAAUUUGUACACGCUCGCUGAUCGCUUAGCGAAGAGGCCAAGUGAGGGACGUAUGACAGGAUAACGCUGGAUUUUACCCUUGAUAAGAUUAAUGACUUGAGAAUGAAGGCUCUUAGUAGUCUCUGGCUAUGUGUGCUUCUGUGUGACAGCUGUUGUUUAGGGUUGUCCCUAACCCUACAUCCCAGACAUAAGUUUAUCAGCAGAAGACGGAAUCCAACUCUGGUACCAAAAGUAGCCAACUUGACCAAUGAAGUAUUUGUCGACAAUAUUGGCAUAAUUAAGGAGCCUACAAAACUGGUAGUGUUGUUUAGACCUGCUCGCUCCAGACGCUCACCUGAUACAUUAACUAUAGCGGACCCAGAAUGGAGGAACCAGUGGUAUCUGUAUCGCGAUCCUGAACCGUCGCUAAAUGUGGCCGCAGCCUGGAGAGUAGCCACUGGGAAGGGGAUCGUAGUCGGGGUCAUCAGUGAUGGGGUACAGAGAGACCACCAGGACUUAAAAGUGGAUGAUACUCUGAGUUUUAAUUUCCACAGAGACCUUCCUCAAAAUCCAAAUAGUCGAGGGACACAGGCAGCUGGGGUUGUUGCAGCGGCCAAAAACCACCUUUGUGGUGUUGGGGUAGCCUUUGAUGCCAAAAUUGCAGACAUUCGGCUGGUGGAGGCUCACUCUACGGUUAACUCACAGGUGGAGGCGAUGACUCAAGCUUUGGGUCAUGUGGAUGUCUACCUACAUAGCUGGUCUCUCUCCCGAAGUGUCAACUCUGAACUUACUCUACCACACCCCGUGGAGAUGGCCCUCCGAACUGGGGCUACAAAGGGUCGAAAUGGAAAAGGUGUGAUACAUGUAUGGGACACUGGAAAUAGUAACCCAGACAACAGCUGUGCGUAUGACCCCUAUGUGAAUAGCAUAUAUACCAUUCCUGUCAGUGGGAUAACCAAAUCUGAGGACAGACUGGAAUCAGGGACAGCCUGUGCGGCCAUCUUGGCUACAGCAUAUAGUCAGAACAACAACAGCAAUGACCAUAUCGUGACAACAACGGGCGGCAGUCGGACUUCCUGCACCGAUGAGUUUGGAGAAUCUUCUGCAGCAGCUGCCAUGGCAACAGGCGUUUUGGCUCUGGCACUUCAGACAAACCCAAAUUUGACAUGGAGAGACAUACAACACCUUUUAGUGCAAACCUCCAAUGCUCUGGUACUGAAGAAAAGGAAUCCUAAAGAUUUUGUUUUUAAUGGCGCAUCUUUACUAGUCUCCAAUGCCUUUGGAUUUGGUCUAAUAGAUGCAGCCAAGCUAGUUGCCAUGGCAACAGUGUGGAAGCCAGUUCCCCAAGCCAUUAGUUGCCAUGUCACAUCCUCUGGACUGGCACGUACAAGCACCAGUUCAUCUGUCCGUACAUCCACCAUACAGGUCAGCCCAAUGACCUGUGACAUCAGCUAUCUGGAGCAUGUAGAAGUGACGUUUAACUUAACCUACAGUAAUGGACGAGGCAAUGUCCAGCUCAUGUUGGAGUCUCCAUCCAGCACCAAGACAGUCCUGGUACCUGGGCGUUCCGGCGACGACCAUAUAACGCAUUUCAAUUGGACAAUACUCAGCGUUCAGUUUUGGGGGGAGAAUCCAUCAGGAGGCUGGAAGAUCAGCAUUCAGGAGGCACCUAUGUCCAAAUUUUCACCCGCUAUAUUAUUUGGCUGGUCUCUGAAGCUUCAUGGCCUCAUAAAUCCCCUGGAGAUCCCCCAAAACUACCCCAAACUGGUGCCCAACCUGGCCACGGGGAUCACACAGAAAGAGAUUGUGGAUACAGGAGCUACCAACUCUCCACUAGACUUUCCUACAGACGGAGGGAGUAAUCUCCCCUGGUGGCUGUGGCUUGUCUUGGGCAUGUUAGUUUUAGUUGUCAUCUGUGUCAUUCUGUUCAUUCUGAGAAAUAAAAUGUUCAAGGAGCGUUUCCGUCACAGUGAUGAGGAAAAGACAGAAGAAGAGACGCAGAGUUUGCACCAGGAGAAGCAGCAGACGACAACGGCCUAGUGAGGUGCAUAUUCACCUGAACUGAAACUCUGAUCAGAUUCGCUGCAUUUUGUCUAUGUGAUAAGGUGAGAUGCAGCUGAAAGCGCAGCAGUGAAGUGGGACUUCCAUGUCAGAAGUAUUUCGUUUUGUGACUUGACACAUUAUUAUGCUGAGGUUUCAUAUAUAUGGUUUACUGACUGAACUCAUGCCGUUACCAUAUCCGUAGGUCUUCCAGGCAUCGUUGUAUAAUGAUCUAAUUGGUCCCACUUAAGACUGUGUCUGUAACCCGGUGAAAAUACUGCCAUAAAGUGGCAGAUUUACAUCCCAUGACAAUCUGUAACUGGUUGGGAAAUCUCAUUGUCAAACGGGACAUGAGUGGUGUGACUGAAGAGAUGUUUGUUGUGGACCCCCCAGAGCGACAUGAUGAUCUCACUUUCGAAUUUUGUGAUAUAUGGGCUAUAUACUCCGUAGAUGGUCACUGGGCUGUUUAAGUUCUGGUAUGUAGAGUAGAGAAAAUAAACCUACAGGUAAUGAUGGAAUAGCCAAUAGAGCAGGUUUUGUGCCAGAGAAUGUGUGAAUGGUGCCUCAUUUACUGAUUAGCAGCAAGAAAUCUAAUGUUUGCACAUGAUGCAUGCAUGUUUUGACAAAUCAGUACCAUAUACAUAAUUCAUAAGAGAUAUUGAUGUAUGUGGAAAAGAUGCUGAAUGAGAUGAAAUGUGAAGCACUGUACAGAUUGUUUAUUAAACAGGAAUUCUGAUAAAUAUAAUACAUGUGAAUGACCACACAACAGAUCAGGUACAGAUUCCUCCCUUGCUAGCUUUGGUCACAUCAUCAGGUGUUCAUCACAUCAUCCAAGUAAACUUUGAUCACAUCAUCCUGCAGGAUUUAAUCACAUCUUUCCAUUAUUAAACUUUGAUCACAUCAUCCUGCAGGAUUCAAUCUUCUCAUUAGGCUUUGACUACAUUAUCAGGCUUUAAUCAAGGUUUGACAUCCUCAGUAGGGAGCCUUAUCAUCCAUAUGUUGACAUCUUCACUGAGCAUGUCACAGGUUGUAUUAAUGAGGGACAGUCCUUUACUUCUGGGUGUUUGGAGGACUUAUUUUCACCAAUGGACAGUGAACAGCUGAGCAUUUAUUUCCUCAAGUUACAAAUUUCCAAUCAAGUAUACAAUCAAGUAUGUUGAUGUAGUCAGGUGUGGUCAGUGACACCUCAGCUAUCUUAUCUCAGGGUAAUCUCCCUUUGCUCUGCUUAUAAUUAAUGGCUCUUAUAAUUAUAGUGAAUGCAACUUAAAAGUUUAAACAAAACUUGUAUUGGGCAUAAUGAUUUACAAUUAUUUAUUUAUUUAUGUGAGUGGUGUUUUAUGCUGUACUCAAGAAUAUUUCAUUUAUAUGAUGUUGACCAGGAUUAUGGUGGAAGGAAAGUGAGAAGAGCCUGAGGGGAAACUCGUGACCAUACUGGUUUUUACAAAUGCAUUAUAGGGAGAUCACACUAGAAGUUUACUGGAAAAAAAUAUAAGUGUACAUCUAGCAGUGUCUAGGGUUCACAAAAAUAAUGGUGUGAAAUGUAAACAUUACAUAAAAGUAAUUUUUUUAUGGUAGUAUGUUAGGUUAAAUCAUGUGAAAAUGUGCUUCCAGUAUAUAUUCCAGACUAAAAACUAUAAAUCACAUUCUCACGUACACACAAUACAUGUAUGUAGAUAUGAAUGUAAAUCAUGUGACAACUUCAGUAUAACACUGGUAUUUAGAAAUAAGAAAUAACCCACACAGCUUACUACACCAUUAUCAUCUCCCUACCUAUUCCCCAUAAUCCCUUUGGAAAGUCAAAACAUUUUACUUCAUAAAAAGAAGAAUGGAUUUAACAAGUUCAUUAAGCACCUAAGGUCAGUUUCCUGAAGGCUACUUUAAUAGUGUUAAGUAGCCCUUAGCUAAAUGCACAACAUAUGUCUACAACAUGGAUGGUAGUCAGGGUAGUGAAGGGUUUUCUGUAACUAAGUGCUCUUUAUGGAAUCUGCCCCUCCCUCUCCUCUCCCCCCCCCCCCCCCCCCCACUUCCAUCUGUCUGCACCCACCAUUUCUCUCAUCCCAAUUUAAAUGUAUUAUUUCAAGAUUCAUGUCAGGAUAAAAAGAGAGGUGCUGUCUGUUUUUGUUCUUCCAUGUUACACACUGUAAAUACAAAGAAGUACAGUAUCACUCAAUGUUUAAACAGGAUUUGUGUAUAUUUUUGGAGGUUGUGUAACUCGUCAGAUGUAUGUGGCAUAUUUUACAAAUGUUAAUUUUACCUUUCUGACUUUUCACAUUGUACAAAGUUUUAGAGAAUAUGUAGUUAGUGAUCCACAUAUACAUUCAGUAAAUCAGAUUUCAUAGCUGUAGACUAAUGUGAUUGUGGUACAGGUAUUUGUGUACAGGUAAUUAGAAAUGCAGAUUUCCUUCCAGCAUGCUUUGCGACACUCAGUGGUAUGUUUCAUUCACUGAAUUUUAAAAGUUGUAUUAUCAUUUAUUGCUUUGUUUACUGUGCUUCAGCAUAAGAGUUUUGAUCUGAUCGGAAGUAGCCAGCUUUUGAAUGUAUAUUUAUCAUGGCACAAACAGGUUUGGUGUCACUUGAUAACAUACAUGAUUCAUCUGGAGAACAUUUUUAAAGUAUUUUUUUUUCUCACUACAUUGAAAGCAAUUCAGUUUUACGAUGGGCUGGUUUCCCUCCUGAUCCCUUUGUCUUCAGUGGUCUCCCUUCUUAUCCCUUUGUCUUCAGUGGUCUCCCUGCUGAUGUAUUUGUCUUCAGUGGUCUCCCUGCUGAUGCCAUUCUCUUCAGGAGUCUCCCUGCUGAUGCCUUUGUCUAUAGUGGUCUCCCUGCUGAUGCAUUUGUCUUCAGUGGUCUCCCUUCUGAUGUCUUUGUCUUCCUUCAUUUCAAACAACAUUUCCACAGCUCCAUCACACAUUAACUCCAUAUCCAUUCCUUAUGCAAGAUUCAAGAAAUGAUUUGAAUGUGAAUAUUACCCUCAAUGUUAUGACUGCAGUAAAACAAAAUAAGCCAGAUAGCAGUUUCUAGUACACAACAUAUCCAGGUCAUAGGGCGGGACAAAAAAAGAGCACUUCUCUUCAGGGUAAAGCAAUGGUUGGAUUGUUGUCCAAGUGCAAUGUUAUAGCAUAGGCAUAAAUCCCAGUGUGCGUUUGUUUGCCUGCCAUAUCUAUUCUGUACAUGUGUACUGAUGCACACUGGAAAAUUCAGUCUGGCUUAUUGGAUAAUAAUGUACAGAAUGUAUCCUGUGAUGCGUCUCGAGCUGAAAUUUUAGCAAAAUUUCAUUUUCGUGUGUACUGACAAUGGUAGAAACAUGGAUUGUACAAGGAAACUUCAAAAUGAUGCUAACCUGUAUAUUUGGGUUGACAUCCAAACUGUGAAGGAUAAUAAUAAUAAGGAUAAAACGAUACUUACACCAUGAUGAAUGUUACAUGGGCUGCACAUGGCAGGUUUUGUCUUCAUUGAGAGGGUGAGCACUGACAUAACUGACCCGAAAGCUACUUCAGAGAAAUAAAUUUAUGGUUGUCUUUUGUAGACUAACACGUAUUUAUGAGUAUAAGAAGGAGAAAAUAGUAGCUAAUCCAUUUUCCAUACCUCAGACAGACAUAAACAAAUAUAUAUUUAGCCUGCUUCAUCUCAUGUCCUGAAAUGUGCAAGUAGCCAGAUUUUCGGAGUGAAAAGCUAUAAUUGGUCUAUGUGAAAAAUUAAAUGGUAAAUGGUAUUUUUUUGUGCUUUAUCCAUUUAUGAUACUUUCGAUUGGACCAGGUGUGCAUCACGUGAAAAAUGACUUCUUUUGCAGGCACUUGUUUCUGAGAAUCAAAACUUCUCAAAGUUUUUGUUUUUCUUGGUUAUUUGUUGAAUAUACAUUUUGGCACUAUUAUUAGGUGCUUACUGUAUUAGAAAUGAACCUGUAUAUAAAAGGUGUGGAGUAUUACCUGCCAAAAUAAAUUAGUUAAUAUUUAUUAUUAAUAUUACUCUUCUAUAUAUUAGAAUAUGUAACGCAAGUUGAGUUUUGGUAUGCACUGUUUUGAUUCAGUCAUUAACUGAAUAAUGUGAAUGGCUAUACUGAGUUGACUGAAUUGAUUAUAAAAUUGACUGAAAAAUGUUUUGUGAGAGACCAUCUCUUUCUGAAGAUUGCUCUUCUUGUUCUUCACCUAAAAUUUGCCCCAAACAGUACCUUUUUAGACGUAAAUAAAGGCUAUAAAAAUUUACAAUGGAUUCUGAGACUGACAUUUUACCAGUAGGAUCGCCUGAGAACAAUUUUCUAUAAUCACUCCAACUCUCAAACCAACGCGAAAUGACCAACACAGAACACUUUCUAUAUGAACACAAUCCAUUAUUGAAGUUCCUAGCUCAGGGUUUUGGAUGACUAAUGUAAAAGAAAUCAAACUUUUUAAGAAAUGGAUAACUAAUUAUUAAUAUAUUUCACAAUUAUUUUAGAACAAAAGUGUCUUACUAAUGAGCGUUUCAGUUUUGGCUCCCUCUGCAAAUUCAAAGUUGAUCAGGUCAUUCAUGUCUUGUAUGUAAAUUAAUCUGUUGAAGAUUUAGAUCAAAUCUUUUUGAAGAUUUGUAUCG